AUAAAUCGUAUCACCCAAUGAAACUUGCCUAAUAUGGUCACCUAUAACUGGACACCUGCCUCUGAUGGAACAUGGCGCAAGGAACUCGGUGGCCUUGAAAAGGUCUAUCGCUUUCAGUCAAUCAUCAGUCGUGAGACUGGGAAAGAACACUGGGGCCUUUACGCGGGGUGUACUGUUAAAUUCUCUGGCUCUGUGAUCAGCCCAGCAACGGCAUUGCGAGAUGCAUGGAAGACACUACGCAUACAGUUCCCUGCACUAGGUAUUAUUGUCGAUAGAUACGAGGCAGUCUAUCACGCAGCAGCCAACUUGGGGGAUAACGAUUGGAAUAGGGACAAUAGUACAGACACUCUUGAGCUCUGGGCGCAGGAAACUUUUCUCAUUGAGCGAAAAAGAACCGUUGAAGAAAUAAUUAGUCGAUAUCCACUUCGUGAUUUACCCGCUUUGAUUUGGCUACCUAGGUCGUCAGAGGUGGUGCUUUUAGUCUCCCACUGGCGUUCAGAUGGACUGGGAGCAGUGAUGCUUCUCAAUCGGCUGAUGGAGUAUCUCGUCGAACCGCCCGAUAUUUCCAUGAAUCGAUGUGGUAAUCCAGAAACUGAACUAGCUAGAAUUUCACCGAGCCUUGAGGAUGCGGUUGGUGCUCCAUUGAUUCCAACUCCUGGGAUCAUCGAAGCGGCCAACAACAUAAGCAUGAAAUUCCGAGAAAAGGCAAUGAAAUCAAUUGGCAUAGCUUACAACGGUGACCAUACCACCGCUCCUGGAAACCCCGCCAUCGAGGCCGUUUCCUUUACGGCAGAAAGCUCAAGAUCCCUUGUACAAGCCUGCAAGGUGCGUAAUAUCACUGUAUCGGCUGCUGUGCAUGUAGCGCUUGCCGAAACCAUCUUUGAGAUGUCUGCGGAUAAUGUCACUGAAUACGCAACAAUCAUGGCUGUGAAUAUGCGUCCGUAUCUCAAAGCGCCUUACAACUCAGAUGACCAUGCUUGUCGCGCAUAUGUGACUAGUAUUACGCCGGUUGUCCAAAAAGGGGCAAGCUUCGAAGACUCCACUCUAGCUGUUACAGAGUUAUUCAGAAAUUGGCACUGCGAAAGAAAUGCACAAGCCUUGCGAGAGAUUUACAAGGGCGCUUCCCAGGUCCUUCUCUCGCCACCUCGUCGGCCAGUCGGACCGGCCCCAAACCCACCAAAUGGCAUAAUGCACAGUAAUCUAGGUGUAAUUGACCGAUUUCUAGCGGCGCAAUAUGGUAAUGGCUUGGUGGAAGUCAGCGAGUUUCGUUUUGGAGUUAGUAUGAUGACGCGGCAGAUGAUGUUAUAUCCAUUCUCUUUCCGGGGCAAACUGAAUUUCUCGAUUAACUAUAAUGAUGCUUUUUAUGGCACUACAGCUCCACGGAGGCUUCUUGAUGGUAUUCAAAGCAAGCUCGAGACAGAACUUGAUGUAAAAUUAGUGAAGGUCUUUUGAUUGAUAUGCUUAGUCGUCAGUAGCAAAUUCCUGCUCUUAU